AUGUCCCUCAAGCGCAAGGCUGAAUUCGCCGUCCCAUCCAGCCCAUCAAUUCCGGCCCCCGAAUGGGGCAUGCUGAUCGAUGGAAACAAUCACCUGCACAGUCGGACACGAAAGCGCUUCAGAGAUGACCGUCCAAGCGACCAAGUUAUUUACCAAAACACAUUGCGUUGGAUCUUUUCCGCCCAGAAGCAACAAGUGUCUGCUCCGACAGUCGAAAUGGAUACAAUGGAAUCAGAACCCGCUCUCGAGACACCCGAAGAGGUAGACCCGCGACAGCAAACAUUACAUCGGUUCUUCCAACCAACACCUCAGCAAUCAUCGCCCUUCCGACCAUCUCGUCAAGCACUUGCACCUCGCGCAAAUGAGACAGCUCUGGCCCAAGAGGACAUGCUUCGACGUCGAGCAUUUGAGCAUAACUCGGUAGAGGGCUCGAGCGCAAGUGACAGCAACAGUCCUGGGUUCAAUCAGAUGGGUGCCGACGUGGAUAUGGAUAUGGACAUGGAUGUCGAUAGUGGCAGUGGCAGUGAUGGGUCUGGCCAUUUGUCCCAGAACGGGGUUGUGGGCAUGGCGUGGGUAUAA